AUGAUUGAAGAAACAUCAACAGUAGUAAAUGAUAUUGAUAGUGAUAAAAAUGAUAAUAAAACAUCAUAUAUGCGUCCAAAUAUUCUAUUAACUGGUCUUCGACGAUCAGGUAAAACAUCUAUACAACGUGUUAUAUUUACUAAAAUGCAACCAUCACAAACACAAUUUCUUAAAUCAACUCCACAUUUAACUAUAAAUCAAUUUUCUUGUGGUUCAUUUAUUAAUUUUCAGGUGCAAGAAUUACCCGGUCAAUUACAUGUAUUUCCAUCUUUACAAUUUCCAAAUAGUGAUGGUACACAUAAUGGUUCAUCAUCAUUAUAUGAUGAUGAUAAUACAACACAUCUUGUUAGUGGUGGUUAUGAUAUGGAACGUUUAUUAAAACGAUGUAAUGCUGUUGUAUAUAUAAUUGAUGCUCAAGAUGAUUAUAGUCAAUCAGUAUCAAGUUUAAAUAUGAUAAUACAAUCAGGUAAACGUGUUAAUCCAAGAUUAAGAUAUGAAGUAUUUAUACAUAAAGUUGAUCAAUUGUCAGAAGAAGCAAAAAUUGAAACUCAACGAGAUAUUCAUAAUCAGGUACGAGAGCAUUUUGCUGAUGUAAAUGGUGGAACAGAUUCAUGGCCAUUAACAUCAUUUGGGUCAAAUCCAAAUACUCAGAGUCUAUUAAUAAAUUUUCAUUUAACAUCAAUAUUUGAUCAUUCAAUAUUUGAAGCAUUUUCAAAAGUAAUACAAAAAUUAAUACCACAAUUUAAUCAUUUAGAAGAUUUACUUAAUUAUCUUAUAUCAGCAUCAAAUAUGGAACAAGCAUUUUUAUUUGAUAUACAAACAAAAAUAAGUAUUGCAACUGAUUCAUCACCAACUGAUAUGCAAAUGUAUGAAUUAUGUUGUGAUAUGAUUGAUUUAUUAAUUAAUAUGAGUGAAAUAUAUGGACGAUCAAAUGAUAAUGUUGUUCAAACUACUGAAGAUGAUGGAAUAAUAAAUGAUGAACAAUCUUACGAUAAUCCUGAUGAUGAAGAUGAUGAAAACGAAGGACAUAUUGUGAAUGGUAUUCAUGAAUCAACGAAUUCAUAUUCAAAUUAUUCAUUUAGUACAACACCUAUGGUAACUUCUUUUGCAUCAAUGACGGAAACGAUUACUGAACCUACAUCAAAUGUAUUUGAUUCAAUGUCUUCAAGUGUUAUAAAAUUAACUGGUGGUCGAGCACUAUAUCUCAAAGAAAUUAAUCGUCAUCUAGCAUUAAUUUGUGUUCUACGUGAAGAAGCACUUACAAAACAAGCUAUUAUUGAAUAUAAUGUUAAUCAAUUAAAAAAAAGUAUUUUAGAAUUAUUUCAUUUAACUCCUCAGACAUCUUCAUCUUCUGUAGCAUCAUAG